AUGGGUUGUUGUUUUUCAUCCGGUCAGCAGCAAGAACAGCAUCGGCAAGUAAUCAAAGAAGGAUGGAUACAAAAACUCGGUGAACAUAACAAAAAUUGGCGAUCGCGGUACUUUAUUCUUUGGGACGAUGGAACUUUGGUGGGAUUUAAAUCAAAGCCAGACCAGCAAAUGACUGUGAUAAUGCAGCCACACAACAAUUUCACCGUUCGCGGUUGUCAAAUAAUGUUAACAGAGCGCCCUAAGCCCUUCACAUUCGUGAUUCGCGGAUUGCAAUGGACCAGUGAAAUUGAGCGAACGUUUCACGUCCAGACAGAGGAGCAACGUAAGGAUUGGGUCACAGCUAUCAGAUCAGUUGCGGACAGAUUGGCCGAAGAAGAACAAAUCCAGCAGCAGCACUCUCAGUCGGAGCAACAGAUGCAAAUAUCAUUCUUCUCAGAAGACGUCAACAUGGAAAACACGUCAUCAUCCAGCAAUGGACGCAGCAAUUCGACAAAUUGCACAGAUACUUAUUUAUUACCGAGUAUUAAUAAGCUAUCUGUUAAAUUGAAUGGCGAAGAGCCAUUUAGCAACAAAAAUUUCGAGAGAAACAAAGUAAAUUUAGAAAAUUUUGAAUUUCUCAAAGUUCUCGGGAAAGGUAGCUUUGGAAAGGUUUUAUUAUGCCGUGAAAAAGCUACGGAACACUUUUACGCUAUUAAAAUAUUAAAAAAAAAAUUUAUUAUUCGCACUAAUGAAGUUGCUCAUACGUUGACGGAAUGCCGGGUUUUACGCACGACAAAUCAUCCAUUUUUGACAUCAUUGAAAUACAGUUUUCAAACGCCUGAUCGGCUUUGUUUUGUAAUGGAAUAUGCUAACGGUGGUGAAUUAUUCUGUCAUUUGCGAGAGUCAUACCCUUUUUCUGAGGAUUGUACGAGAUUUUAUGGUGCUGAAAUAAUAUCUGCGUUAGGCUAUUUACAUUCUAAUGGGAUUAUUUAUCGAGAUAUAAAGCUGGAAAAUAUACUACUGGACAAAGAUGGGCAUAUUAAGAUUGUUGAUUUUGGGUUGUGUAAAGAAGAUAUCACUUAUGGUCAAACAACAAAAACUUUCUGUGGUACUAUAGAAUAUCUAGCCCCCGAAGUACUCGAGAAUAAAGAUUAUGGUCGAGCUGUUGACUGGUGGAGUGUUGGAGUUGUAAUGUAUGAGAUGAUAUUGGGAGAUCUACCAUUUUUUGACAAUGAUCAAGCAAAAGUAUGCCAACUUAUCGUACAAGAGGAAGUCAAAUUCCUCGAAACUAUUUCUAAUGAGGCUGAAAGUUUAUUAUCAGCUUUAUUGAUGAAAGACCCAGACCGGCGAUAAGGCGCUGGACCUGACGACGCCAUAGAUAUUAUGGAGCAUGCAUUCUUCUCAUCAAUCAACUGGUUGGAUCUAAAGCAGAAGAAAAUUUUGCCACCAUUUAAACCUGAACUAAAAUCAGAAACGGAUACUCAAUAUUUUGACAGUCGAUUUACUAACGCUAGUAUUGAGUUAACUCCUCCAGAUCAGAGCCUAAGUAGUCCUGAGCUCAAAUUUAUCACCGAAGAACAAGAAAAAUUUCCACAAUUUUCUUAUGAAAAUAGUAAUUUUUCUGCUACUCCUACUGACACACAUAUGUCAACAAUAUUCUAA